AUAAGAGAGCUCUAUUAUCUGCGCGCUGCGGCUGUUUUACCCAUGUUUCAUCCAAAGUUCUUUAUACUGAAUUGUAAAUUUAUGACGAGAUGUCGUUAGCAUCGUGUUUUGCGUCAGUCAUUCGAGGAAGAGACUGAAUGAAGCGUACACCGUACAUGAUGUACAGUAGUGUUCAGUUGCUCGUGGUUGCUUGGCGGUUCGUUCAUCAUCAAGAGUGACGCGAUCGCGUGGAAGAGUGUAGCUGGUAGCUUACGCGGGUAUAUUUGCAAAUGUUCUGAAACGUGUGACACAUUAUUCCGCAAAGUGUAGCCGAGUUGUUGAACGAGCUAGAAUGAUGACGAUAAACGCGGAUCUGCGACGUGAACGUGAGAAAUGCAGCUUCGAUCCCAUAGAGCUCACGCACUUCUGGGACGGCGAUCCGGAGAAAACGUCGCAGCGGCGUGAGCGAGAGGACUUUUUCCUAAGCGAUCCGCUUCUGCAUGAUAGAAUUCCUGCAAAAUAUAAGAGUCAUAAGGAAGUUUACGAGGAAGCGAUAAUGAAGGGAUGCCGUGUGAUAGAAAAGGUGCAACAGCUACAUGAGUCAGGAAAAGGCGGCAUGGAUGUUUUUUCACAAAUUUUAGGAGGCAUGUUAGGCUCGGCGAUACUAAAAGACGGUAACCCGUUGACGCUUCACUAUGUCAUGUUUAUACCGGCUAUCAUGGGACAGGGCACCGUCGAACAGCAAAGCUACUGGAUAUCCAAAGCUUGGACUUGCAAUAUUAUCGGUACUUAUGCACAGACGGAGCUUGGUCAUGGCACGUUUAUUCGAGGCUUAGAGACUACAGCGACUUAUGAUCCCGAAACCAAAGAAUUCAUAUUAAAUAGCCCUACUCUGACAUCAUAUAAAUGGUGGCCUGGUGGUUUGGGUCAUACGGCGAAUUAUGCAAUUGUCGUUGCGCAAUUAUACACGAAAGGAGAGUGCAGGGGUAUCCAUCCUUUUAUCGUGCAACUAAGAGAAGAGAAUACUCACGAGCCUUUACCAGGUAUAAAGAUCGGUGAAAUCGGCACCAAAUUAGGAAUGAAUGCAUCCAACAACGGCUUUCUCGGCUUCGAAAAUGUGAGAAUACCGCGCGAGAAUAUGUUGAUGAAGAACUCUCAGGUGUUGGAAGAUGGAACCUAUGUGAAAGCGCCUAGUGAUAAACUCACAUAUGGUACAAUGAUGUUCGUUCGAGUGGUAUUAGUACGUGAUAUCUCUAACUACUUGUCGAAGGCGGUGACUAUAGCUAUUAGAUACAGCGCAGUGAGACGACAGAGUCAAAUAAAACCCGAUGAGCCAGAAGCACAGAUUAUAGAUUAUGUCACUCAACAAUACAAAUUAUUUCCCAAUCUUGCUGCGUGUUUCGCGUUCCGAAUGUGCGCCGAUUGGAUUUGGGAGAUGUAUAACAAUGUGACGGCUGAGUUGGAUCAGGGAGAGCUAGAAAGACUUCCUGAGUUGCACGCGUUGGCAUGCUGUCUAAAGGCAGUUGCAUCAUCAGACGGAGCAACUGGCAUAGAACAAUUACGAUUGGCGUGUGGUGGGCAUGGUUACAUGGAUGCUAGCAACUUGCCGGGGACUUAUGGUUUAGUGACCGCCGUCUGCACUUAUGAAGGUGAAAAUACGGUUCUACUACUGCAAACGGCUAGAUAUUUAAUGAAAGCCUGGAGGCAAGCGGUCGGCGGACAACCAUUACCACCGACCGUAGGAUAUUUAGUUGUUAUUUCGCGUGGAGUAAAACAGCGCCCUUGGAAAAACACUUUAACAUGUAUCGUGCAAGCACAUCAAGCAGUUGCGGCAGGCAAAAUUCGCCAGGCAACGGAAAAUAUGGAUCGCAGAAUACGUAGCGGUGCGUCGCCGGAAGAUGCGUGGAAUCAAACCAGUAUUGAGUUAGCACAUUGCGCAGAGUCACAUUGCCGAGCUUUCCUAGUGAUGAGAUUCGUCGAGGCCGUAAGAGGAUUGACCAAUGUCUCCAAGCAGUUGCACGAAGUUUUAAUGCAACUUUGCGAAUUGUACUCGAUAUACUGGGUCCUGCAACGACUCGGGGACUUUUUGCGAUUUUCCUGUCUGAAUAACGAAGACAUCCCGGCGCUUCAAACGCGCUUCGAAGAGAUGCUCGCCGCGAUCCGUCCAAAUGCAGUUGGUAUCGUCGAUGGAUUCGAUAUUCGCGACGAGAUCCUCGCAUCCGCACUCGGCGCGUACGACGGAAACGUGUAUCAGCGUCUCUUUGACGAGGCAAUGAAGAGUCCGUUGAAUCAAGAGAGCGUGAACCAAUCCUAUCAUAAGUAUCUCAAACCUUUUCUUAAAAGUAAUUUAUAGUCAAAUAUUCUGUUCUUAUCACAAAAUAGUCAACUACAACCAUUCUAUUAUAAUAAAUAAGUUUGUGUAUGAAAAAAACUGCAAACACUUUUAAAUACGUACCAGAAUGAUUUGCACAACUUCGUAUGCAAAACGUAUUAUAUGUCGUGGAUUUUAUAUGGUGAUUAUAUUUGCAAACACUGCAGUAAGUUUGCAAGAACUAAUUUUGCGCGCGUAACGAAAAUAUUCUGGCUUUUUUGUGAUAUAACAAAUCAUGAUCGCACAAUAUAUUAUAUUAUGUAUUAGUAUUAUAUAUAUUCUAUGGAAUUAUUACAUUUCAUGUUAAAA